AUGGAUAAUAGAAACUCCCAGGUUGAGAAGCAGAAGGUACCAUUGGAAGUUCACAUCGAAAGCAGGUGCCCUGAUGCCCGUGAUUGUUUACAGAAGCUGGUUGUGCCGGCGUAUUGGCAAGUGCACGAAGAGGCAGAUUUGAAGAUCAGUUACGUCGGAGAGAUUUGGGAAUACCCUAAGAAAGAUGUGACCUGUCAACACGGAUGGAAUGAGUGUGAAGGCAACAAACUGCUUGUAUGUGCUGAAAUGCACGCGAGCUCCAUUUCAGAUACCCUAGGCUUCACCAACUGCGUUUUAUCCGACUACGAACGAGUCGCUCAACCUGAACUAAUUCAAGAAUGUGCCCGUGAACAUGAGAUAGAUUAUAAGAAAAUUAAGACAUGCGCAGACGAGCAGGAAGGUCGGAAUCUGUUGAUCAGCAGUGUCCAACACAGUGUGGCUGCUGGGGCCAAUUUCAGUUGCACGAUCCGCGUGAACGGCAAAACUUGGUGUACUCGAGAUGAUUAUAAAUGGGGGUGUGGACAGAAUCAUUACACAGUCCGGAAUUUGGUGGAGGAAAUCCGGAAGUUAUAUGGGGAGACCGCGGACCUGCAUUCCUCUACUGAGCUGUAG